CUUCUACAUUUAAAAAAUAAAGAAUACUAUGUUCUGUCAGUAACCUAUCUACUACAGGAGGUAUCUGUGUACUUAACUACUCAUGUAUUUACAAAUACAUAUCUUGAUUUCAAAAAUCAUGCAGUUUCAACAGAAAUAAGCCAACUAUUAACAUUAAGAUAUCUCGCUACUAGAUCCUACUUAAGAAGUGCUGCUGAUUUUUAUGGUGUCAGUCCACCAACACCAAGCCGCAUUGUAAAGAAGGUUACUGAAUCAAUCGCUCAAUUACGACCAGCUAUGAUAAAGUUCCCUGACGAUAUAAGUAGGAUUGUAACGGAGGCCUACUUAGCGGAGGAGGAGGCGGUUGCGGAGGUGAAGAGGUUCGCCUCCGUGGAUGCGAAGGUUAACGGAGGCAGAGGCGGAGGUGAAAUUUGUUGGGAAAAUAUAAAUAAAUUUAUGAUUAAUAGAGUCACCCCAGGGUCCCCUACUCUACAAGAUGGUUUUUAUCAAAUCGAAAGAUUCCCUAGAGUAAUAGGAGCUUUGGAUUGUAUCCACGUUACUAUUAAGUCACCCGGCGGCGAUUCAGCUGAAAAUUACAGAAACAGAAAAUCCAAUUUCUCAAUUAAUGUUCAGCUGGUUUGUGAUAGUAAAUUAAGAUGCUUGGACAUUGUAGCAAGAUGGCCAGGGUCUGUUCAUGACCAAACUAUUUUUAAUAAUUCUUUUUUGAAACAAAGAUUAGAAAGUGGACAAUUUAGAAAUAGUUUAAUUCUUGGUGAUAGUGGAUACGAGUUAAAGCAAUAUCUUUUGACACUC